GCCUAGGUUGCGUUCGUCAACACCCUUUUUAUACUCGAUCUCCUACUCCUCCUCUCUAACUUCCCCAAACCCUCUCUUUCUCUCUUUUCCAGACAUGUUGUUGCCAUUAGUUCUGAUGACACUGUCAUGGCUCAUUCAAUACUCGUACACCAUGCUCAUCGGAACACUAUCCAUGAUUGAAGGGCCACACAGCCAACCCUCAAAUGCAGGAAAUGAGACGUAUAUCACCAGAUCUCUUCGCACCACCAUCAGCCACCUACGUACCCACGUCGGCAACUGGUUCUACCUCCGAGGAUUCGCCCUUGUCCUCAUCCACGACAUAGCCCGAGAUAACAUCCUCCCAGCUCUUCUACCAAUUAAUGAUAACUCGCCACUCAAACAAGAUAUCUGCUCCCUAAUUUCUGUAGCAGCUUUGGCAAAUUUACAAGUUCUCUGGGUCCACAUUAUUAUUACCCGGCCAUCGCCAAAGUUUCUUUACCAACGCCUUCCCAGCCUGAACUGCUGGCUUCGAGUGAUUCCUAUAGUCCUGCUUGAGUCUAUAUUGCGCGGCCUGGCAGUCCCAAUUACACUACUUGUUGAAAUCUAUCUGAUACAGGCUGUAGGAAAGAUAGACAUUGACCAAAACUUGGAUAAUAGCCAGUCAGCGGGUCACGUCUAUGCACUCGCGGCUGUUGCUCCCACAUUAAUUAAAUUUUGGCUUGCUCUUCCUGCUCGAGUCAUAUUGGUUCGGAUCGCAGCAACGAUGGUCCCAGAUGAUGAUGAAUUGAUUGUACCGCUUGAUCCACGGCUCAAAGGUGGCAGUGCUCCGCUGGGCAUGUUCGAUGCGUGGAGGAAAGAUUCGUGGGCGCGUGCUUGUAAAAUUCAGACUAGGGGGUUUAUUGCAGGGACUGCUAUUUUCCUUUUAGGCCAAUUGGUUAUUCCUGACUUUCGGAGUUAUGUUCCUUUUCUGCCGAUGUGGUUUAAUAAUUGAUCAAUUUGAUCGUUUGCGUUGGUCUAACAUUGUAUAUAACUGGAUAGUCAGGAAGCAGUUUACAUCGAUCAGCAUGUUGCAUAGCCCACGCCAAAUAGCGCUGCAAGCCAAUAGCCUAACAUUGCAGGGAUGAAGUGAGACGAAAAUAACAAUACCUGAUGGGGGAAUAUGCUGUUGUUAUAAUGAUGGGAGAGAUUAUAUCGUGUUCUUUAUUCA